AUACGAGUAAAUUUCCAUUUAUUUACAAUUAAUACUGCUGUUCUUCUUUGCUUUCUCUGUCUCGAAAAAUGUCGAUAUUUUCCUUGAAUAAUACCGCUCCAACUUCAAGCCCGUCAUUUAGCAACAUGAACCUAUUUGGUUCUACAUCCGGAAUUCAACAGACUAGCAACUCCGGUGUGUUUGGAACAAUAACCUCAUCUCCUUUUGGAAGCUCAACAUCUUUUGGCGGAAAUGAAAGUACAACUCCUUUGCUCAAGAGCUCUGGUUUUGGAAAGUCUGCAUUUGGUAUUAAUCACGAAGGAAGUAGAACAACAUCAUACAUUGCAACUCCAGAGAUAGAUAGUACAAGACCCGGUGGUGCAAACAUUCAAUCCAUUUGUGGAAUGCAGACUUAUCAAGAUAAAAGCCACGACGAGUUGAGGUUUGAGGACUACCAGUUAGGUGAUAAAGGGACAUUAGCCUUUAAUGCAGCAAUGAAUGCUACAUCUAGUCAAACACAAAGCAUAUCUCUGGGCUCAUCCACUUUACAAACAUUUGGAAAGAAAUAUGACGUUAACAGCGUGGCCAAGGAAUCUCUGAUGAGGGAUGCCAAUGUCUCAGACUCCUCCAUUCUUGGAUAUCCAAGAGCUCCUGCAUUUGGUGUUCCAAGCAACUCACACUCUGCCACCCCAAGAUUUGAUUCCUAUUCCUUCGGCCAACCAGCAGUAUCCAUAUCAGGGAGCAAAGGAAAAGAAAGUACAGCACCUUUGCUCAAGAGCUCUGGUUUUGUAAAGUCCGCAUUUGGUAUUAAUCAGAAAGGAAGCAGAACAGCAUCAUACAUUGCAACUCCAGAUAUAGAUUGCACAAUACCUGAUGGUGCAAAAAUUCAAUCCAUUUGUGGAAUGCAGACUUAUAAAGAUAAAAGCCAGGAGGAGUUGAGGUUUGAGGACUACCAGUUAGGUGAUAAAGGUCAGAAAUGUGGUUCUUCAUGUGGUAUUUCCGGUACACAGGGAUUUGGUAUCAUCGACAACACACGGCCUUUCAUAUCACCAGUAUUUAACCAAGCAACUGUUGAUCAACUUUUUUAUUCCCUUUUUCCAAGUACAUUUGUAGUGGAAAGAGCAGAGGUUGACUCUCUAUCAGAUGAAAUUUCUACAGCAACUGCAUCUACCCCAUUUCCGAAGUCACAGUCCAUUUCCCAUAUAUUUCCCCCCAAUACAUCAUUGUUAAACUCUUGUGGCACUGGAAGUAGAGUGGAAUCUACUGCCUCAGAUGUUUCUUUUUCUCUGUGGAUCCAUUCAAGGCCGUUUGCACCUUUAAAUCCAUCUUCCAAUUCUUCCACUACCUCCACCUUUUCUCCAUUAAGGAAUCCAUGGUCUUUAUCAACAUCUGUCCCUCUAUCUCCAUGUUCAGUCUCACCUUCCACAUAUCCUUUGUUAGCAAAAUCAUCUGCCCAUGUUUUUGGUCAAAAGAACUCUUUUUCUCCCACUCCUGUUUUAACUACAGGAGGUGCUCCACAAUCCACAUUAUGCUUGAAUUGCCUAAAGCAGUCUCAGCCUACUCCACCAGGACUUUGUAAUGUUUCAAGCACUCCACUUGCUGUGAGUCAAAAUACUCCUCUGUUCUUUGGGCCUCUGCAGCCAGAAAUGACUCCUAAAGUUGGAGCAACACUUCCAACAACCAACGCUUCUCACCCAUCAACAGAAGGUGCUAGUUGCUCAGAAAUUGGACAAGGAAUUUGUCAGCCAAGUAUCAAUGACCAACAGUCUUACUUUCCGAGAAUCAUGGAAGUGAAUGCGUCACCAAUUAUGCCUCCUGCUAAAAGACAACCUUCAGUCCAAAUCUCGGUUGAGCACCCAAAUUUGGCAACAUCCAUCCAGUAUGGAAUUUCUAGUUUACCUUUGCAGGUUUCUAACAACCCUGCUCCGGUCAGACGAAGAUCUGCGUUGAUAAUUCGGCAUUCAUCUCUAAGUCAGCAUAGGUUGCCACCUCAGAAAUACAAACCUACAAGUGAUAAACCAAAGGUACCCUUUUUCAUGGAUAAAGAAAACACUUCUGGUGUACUAAGGACAGAAGUCAUCAUCAUUCCAAGGGAAAAUCCAAGGGACUGGGUUCGUCCUACCUCAGAAUUUCUACUGGGAGCUGAUUCAUCUAUGAACGGGAUGCAUGACAGAGACAAAGCUGGUGAUAAGCCCAAGUUAGAGGCUGAAGAAAUGCAUCUUGUUAAUUGUGGCGAUGAUAAGGAUGUUGAUGGCAUAAUGCCGAAGCUCCAACGUGUUGAUUACUACACAGUUCCUCCUAUGGAGGAGUUGAUAUCAAAGGAGAAGGAAGAAGCUGGUUUUUGUUGCCACGUGAAGGACUUUGUGGUAGGAAGACAUGGGUAUGGAAGCAUCAAGUUCUUGGGAGAAACCGAUGUCCAGAAGCUUGAUCUUGAUUCUACUGUCAAUUUCAACCGUCGUGAGGUGAUAAUCUAUAUGGAUGAGAGCAAGAAACCUCCAGUUGGACAAGGCCUCAACAAGCCAGCUGAGAUAACUCUUCUUAAUGUCAGAUGCAUCAACAAAUCGACUGGAAAGGAGUAUAGAGAUGGACCAAUGGUCAAUAAGUACAGAGAUAUGCUCAUUAAGAAAACGGUAGAGCAAGAUGCAGUAUUUGUUUCUUAUGAUCCAGUGGAAGGGAAGUGGAAAUUUAGGGUGUCACACUUCUAAUUGUGAGUUCAAAUUUUCUUGGUUGAUUUUGUGGCAUAACCAAAUGUUUGAAUUGUAAAGAUAUCCUCCAACUGAUAUAUUUUUACAAUUUGCUCA